GCUACCCAAAAAUUGCAGGGAUUUAAAUCAUGACAGAAGAGGUUAAGCUUUUGAAAACAUGGUCAAGUAUAUUUGGUUUAAGGAUUGUGUGGGCAUUGAAGCUCAAGGCCAUCAAUUAUGAUUCGAUAGAUGAAGACCUUACCAACAAGAGUCCUUUGCUUCUUCAGUACAACCCUGUCCACAAAAAGAUUCCAGUCGUAGUGCAUAAUGGAAAACCUAUUGUAGAGUCGCUUGUAAUUCUUGAAUACAUUGAUGAGACAUGGCAGCAGAAUCCCUUAUUGCCUCAAGAUCCACACGACAGAGCUGCAGCACGCUUCUGGGCGAAAUUUGGCGAUGACAAGGUAAUUCCGUCAAUGUGGGCAAUACUAACAAAGGAAGGAAAGGAGCAAGAAGAGGCUUCUGCGCAGACCAAUGAGAACCUGAAAUUCUUAGAGGAAGAACUAAAAGGAAAGAAAUUCUUUGGCGGGGAGCAGAUUGGAUAUCUUGAUAUUGCACUUGGUUGGCUUGCCAAUUCGGUCCCUGUGUUAGAGGAGAUAAGUCUUAAAGUGAUUGAUAAAGAAGCAUUUCCAUUGUUAUCAGCAUGGAUGCAAGAGUUUUCAAGUGUUCCUAAGGUCAAAGAAAGCUUGCCACCUCAUGACAAACUGAUCACCAAGUUCCGUGCCUAUGUUGCAGCAGCACCUAGGAAAUGAACCUGUUCACUGCAUACAUCAAGAAAAUAAUUAUAUUAUUCUAAAAACCAUUAUAUAAUUAGCUCAAGUACCAUAAUAAUCUCAGUGUCUUGCUGAAUCCUGGAACAAAUGUAGCAAUUGUCUGAUCACUGCGCAUAUCAGAAUAGUGUGCAGAAUUGCAACAUAAGUUCCACUUUAUGAGUUAUCCAACGUUAGUGGAUUCUACUUUCAUAUUCU